AUGCUGGCAUUGUUAAUCAUGCACUGUCUGAAGACGUUUGUGUUUUUGUUGCACUCUGUGCUCUUAUUAGCCGUUCUUAACAAUGUACAGAGCACCAGGGUGUCACCAUCGCACACCCAACACCAUCCCAUAAUGUACAAAUACAGGCGUUCUUACAGUUCUUUUGAUCAUCUGCAAGCUACGUCUGACAAAGUCGAACGUCGAAUCGACGAUAUCGAAAAAUCCACUGGUGAUUCUAGGAUCUAUCGCGGAUUGGUAUUGAAGAAUGGAUUUACCGCCUUGUUGAUCAGCGAUCCUGACAUCGAAAAAUCGGCUGCGUCUCUUUCCGUCGCAGUUG